AUGGCAAACUAUGGUCAAGUGCCAACAGAUGUACAAAUGCAAACUGCCAUGUCAAAUGACGCUGCGUUAGGUUUGCCACCAUGGUAUGCAAAUAUGAGAUGGAAAGAGUUUUAUACAAACCCUGAAGUGGGAUAUAAACAACUCUAUGCAGAUGACGCGAACACAGGAGUUGACCCAGAAUAUGUUUUCUACCAGAGGAGAAAUAGAAUGUAUGAGCUCCAGUUAAAGAAUGCUAUGGAACUCAACAGGAAACGUAAAAGACUAGGCGGACAUUAG